UGCCUGUGCAGCAAUCGCAAUGUGUUUACAGGCCUGCGUUCGCGACUCCGCGGUUGGUUGAAAAAUAAGCAAAAGAAGAAGGGAGACAGCCGCGGAUUCCUUCGAAAAUCACCACUAAGGUUGAUUCUCACUUUUUCACCACAAAAGUAGCCAGCUCCUCCAGAGCACGGUGCUCACAAAACUCACGGAAAAAAAUCACUAGGGGACCAGCACAGGAUCGUGUAGUGUUUGUCCGUAACCCUAUCCCCCGCCACCACCCGCCGUACGCCAGGCAUCCUGCUGCUGUUUCCCGACAAAGCAAGUUCCCCCAGAGCAUCGCUAGUUCUAUCUUUGGCCGAGUCGCUGGAGUAAAAAGGUGCGAUUAAUAUGAGGCAAACGAGAGGUAGGCGAUAGUUGCACAGAGAAAAGCAACGGCCGCAAGAGCCCCGAAGGUCUGAUGGCUGGAAUAAGGAGAAGUGCCUUGAUAUAGAGGCGUCUGCCCAGACACGGCAAUUCAGCCCAACAACCGAGACGACGACGGAGGCGGCGACGAACGGGAACAACAUUCCUGUUGACAGGUAGUGCGCCGACCGUAAGUCAGCCGCAGGUGAUUCACACUCUUGCUGCUGCUGUCUCCGGUUCCGAGCAUUCAGGACAUACCUUCGCAAACUCACUCCCCUCGUGUCCGCACGGCGAGGAGCCCCAUCAUACCUGUCGCCGUGGUGCCCUGAGGCGAUCUUGAUGAACAACGUGCCGCGGAUACUUUCACCCUUGGAACGGAAUUCUAUCCGUUGUUUUUGAGCCGAAGAUCAUUAGCUCAUCAUCGCUUGCUCGUCGACGAUCAUCAACUCACCCUAAUAUGAUCAAAGUGGUACGUGUGCGUUGUGAGUAAUCAAAAUCCGUGAAAUGUGAUUCAGAACGGGUGCAAUAGUCUUCGGAAAGCCUGCGAGGCUCUUCAGAGUAACACACACCAGCAGUAUUACAGACCACCAGUGCAUAGCGACAACGGGUGUGACAUGAGAGCAGGGGCCAAGUGUUGUAGCUUGCAUCACACACAUCCAAGAGGCUAAUUAAGAUAAUUUUAUAAACCGGUACAUAUAAGUGCGACGAAGGUACAGGGCUUCGUCGGCGUAAGAACCUCCGGCCAGAACAUGUCUUCGAAUCAUCUUCACUCGCAAAGCCAGGAUGCUGCGUUGAUCGCCCGUAUGCAUCAGAUGCGUCUCGAUGGCAACAAUGGCAAAUUGACCAGUUCGCUGCCGCGGGCGCACCAAGCAUCGUUGCUGCUCGAGAGCGGCAGUGGCGGUAACAAUACCUACGCAACGAUCCUGCCCGUAAGCAGCAGCGGAUCGUCGGGUAAUGUGGGGAAUGCAACGCCCCAAUCGUCGAUGGCAUCGAUGGUCAAUAUGCAGGAUUACCGCAUGUACGACCGGUACCAGAAUCAAAUGCUGGCUGCAGCGGCCGCCGGAAAAUUUCCCGGUAGUACUAUGCAGGCGCAACACCAACACCAGCAGCAAGGCGGUAGUGCGCAUGCUACUGGAGCGACGAUGACAAUGGCAGGCGCUGGCAGUGCUGGAGGAGGUUAUCAUCAGUACAAAGUAAACGGCAGCCCCACCCAUUCGAUGAGCAACUCAUCCUACCAGUCAGGCGCUGGUAGUCCACGGCCAAGUGUGCACAGCACUGGAAGUAACAAUUCGAUUGGUGCAUCGAUACACCAGCUGCAGCAGCAGCCGUACUACGAGGGUUCCCGCUAUCAGCAGACUGUAUACGAAAACAUCGAUUACUACCCACCGCCAACGUCAACGCAGCAACCAUAUCAUUCGGCUGGGGAUAGCGGAUUGGCGUAUGACAAUAGGAAGUUUGAAUCGCACAACAUAAAAGCGCAACCUCAGGUUCCGGUGGGACAGCACAGCACCGUCGCAUCAUCGUUGUUGUUGGCGAACGGUGGGGGACCGCUGCACGGUAUGAUGCACAUGUCCGGUCGUUACGCACAUACACCACAGCCGCCGGAGCUGCAAGAGCAACCACCGAUCUACGAGAACCUGCAGUCACCAACGCCACCAUCGGCUGGUCAGCAGCAGGCGCAGCCACAAGCGACCAAAGGCUCCACCCAGGUGUACUAUCAUCCGCGAGCAGUCGAAGGUAACAGCCCCAGUCCGGGAGCACCCUCGGCUCAGCACAUCGCGGCUGCUUACCAUCAGCAACAGCAACAUCUUCAGCAGUUAUCGUCGGCUGGUGGAGCUGGUGGUGAUCCAUAUCAGCAACCUAUCUACGAAACGACGAAUAGUGUCAAUGCGUUGCGCUUGGGCACUGCAUCGGCCGCCACAGCUAGCGUGUAUCAUGCUCAAUCACAUCAUCCACAGCAGCAGCAGCAGCAGCACUAUCAUCAGAACAUGCCACCAGCACAAGUGUACCAUCACUCGCCGACCAACAGUAGCAUAUCGGUGAAAAUUGCUCAGCAACCCCAGCCAGUGCAGCUGCCUAACGUAAAGUAUCACGCGACGGGAGUUCCCGCUUCGGCUGCUUUGCCUUACACGGACUUCCCAAAAUCCCCUAAGCUCGGUAGCUCAACCGCAGGACCUUCACUGCCACCGAAGUCUUCCGAAGCCAUGAAAACUCAGCAGAAAAACAAUGGUUCGCCGUCGCGUACUGGCUCCUCGUCAGUGGGCAAGGGUUUCGUCGAGGAUAUUAACAGCUCGGAUUACGUUUGUAUGACGAGCGGAACCAAAUACACGGGCAGCGGUAGCGGUAGUGGCGGCAGCAACAGCAGCAUCACUAGCACCGCUAACUCAGGAGCAAUGAAAGCAGCUACUACCACCGUUACAUCACCGUCGGGCGUCGGUGGUGGAACGACAACGGCCGCCAUGCCCGUACUGGUAGGACAGGAACGCCAGUACGCUACGCUGCAGGAGCUCGAAACGGCUAAAAGACAGCAACAGCAAGCGACCGGUGCAACAUCAAGCAGCAUCGCUGGUCAAAGAUUGUCAGCUGCUAAUGGAUCUGCUGCUGGUCAAGCGACGGUUGGUACUGGCACAGGGCUAAUGGCACCCGGUCACAGUACCGGCAUGGCGACCGGCAUACGCGGUGCUGUCUCUCCUACUCCUUCACAGCUGAGUAGCGGUUCGGGUUCGGGAAAACCGAAAGGAUUGACCAAAAACCUGCUUCCCUAUAACGUGACUCCACCGCGACCAACCGGUCCGACCGAGGCGGAGCGUAAGAUCGAGGAAAUGACGCGCCAGCUAGAGGAAGAAAUGGAAAAGAGCGAGGAACAGGGCGAAUACUUUGGCAUCUGCCAUACGUGCAAGGAGAAGGUGACAGGUGCAGGGGCUGCUUGUCAGGCUAUGGGUAACCUGUACCACACCAACUGCUUCAUCUGUUGCUCGUGCGGCCGUGCGCUUCGUGGCAAAGCGUUCUACAACGUGCACGGACGGGUAUAUUGCGAGGAGGACUACAUGUACUCUGGCUUCCAGCAAACGGCGGAAAAAUGUGCAAUUUGUGGACAUUUAAUCAUGGAAAUGAUCCUGCAAGCAAUGGGCAAAUCGUAUCAUCCGGGAUGCUUCCGGUGUUGUGUCUGUAACGAGUGUCUGGACGGUGUACCCUUCACGGUGGAUGUGGACAACAAAAUUUACUGUGUCAACGAUUAUCACAGCAUGUUUGCUCCCAAGUGCGCCAGCUGCGGUAAAGGCAUUACACCGGUUGAGGGGACCGAGGAAACGGUACGUGUCGUUGCGAUGGACAAGGACUUCCACGUCGAUUGUUACAUCUGCGAAGAGUGCGGCAUGCAGCUGACGGACGAGCCGGACAAACGUUGCUACCCGUACGAGGGUAGACUGAUGUGCCGGUCUUGCCACAUUCAGAAGAUAUCGGUCCUACAGGACAUGCGCGGCCAGAUCAUCGAAUCCGUAUCGGCAACCUAUCAGUAUAUGGGCUAGGUGGAGCGAGACGAACAAAGCGACAAAAACGUGAGCGAUGUUUGCACGCUAUACUUUCGUAAUAGGGAUUCACGUUCUAGCUUCUCCCUCUAUAACAACUUGAAAGAUCUCCGACGGACUGGUGAUGCUGCUCGGCAUGCAUGUAGCGGAACCAUAACUAGAACCUUUACAUCUAGGCUCUGGCAAUCGAAUAGCAAAACGUUGCUCAUAUUCUAGCGAGAAACGUGAACAAAUCGAUGGAUAUUUUGUUAAUAUUUCCACACUUUGCAUUUAGGACGGAACGGUAGGGAACAUUUAGAGCUAGAGAUAGAUGGGGUCGAGUCGAGUCACUAACUCAGGAUGGGGUGACGACAACGGAGAUAGGUUCGUCGGGUAUCUAAUAUCAACAUUCCACAGUUACGCGUUGACGAUAUGCUGCUACGAAUAAUUACUAACAUUAAUAUACAUUGGCUUCACCUGGAGGCCAUCAUUUACGAGGGAGCGAUUAUUGGAAUGGGCAUCCUCUUCUAAGGACAGCUGGAAAGGACCGUGAUUGCAUUCGAUCUGAGGGGUCGGACGGAGAACAGUUGCAAUAUAGUUGCAUUUGCAUUUUAGGUUGGCCACAGUUGCGUCACUGCCGUAACAAAAUAAAGGCGUCAUUUGCGCGCGUAUUACAUGUAGUUGAAGAAUUAAUGUUUUCAUUACACUUCAUCACUUUUUAAACAGACCCUGGAUCAAUCUUCAAUUGAUUUGUUUUCUUUCAAUCCUUCAAACAGCUAGCUUUGAAAGUUAUUCCGAAAAUGUUCAAAAUAAUACAAAUCUUUGUCCGAUACAAAUGACCCCCUAACUGAGCGAGCAAAACUGAAAUAACGUUAUUGAAUCGUUUUUGGAGGAUUGGAUGUACGGUUAAGGAACAGAACAGAUUCCCGCAAUUAAUGGGGUUGAUCAAAGAAGUGCCACGAACCAUAUUGAUCAUCAUAGCAUAUAGAAAUCUUCG